UUGACAUGUUUUGUUGAGACAAAACUGAAACUGAAACUGAUCUCCAAUUUUCAGUUUUCACCAACCACUUAAACAAAAUCGCCUUUUUUUUGUCUAAAAGAAAUUUUAAGAGAAACAAAACAGAAAAGAAACUGAUCUCCAACUUUCACCAACCACUUAAACAAAAUCGUUUUUUGCUUUUCUGUCUAAAAGAAAUUUAAAGAGAAACACAACAAAAAAAAUAAACUUGUGUCUCUGCAAAGCUCCAUCCUUUUGUGGGCGUUUGAGAGCCAUUGGGGAGUGGUUAAAAGUUAAAACUUUUAUGUCCACUUGAAACCUUUUUAGUUUUUAUUUUAUAAUCCUUUUGGAUUUUAUCUGGUCGAUCACUCGUUUGUGUCUCUGAUUCUCUCCAUAUCCCGUGGAUUCGCAUCUGGAUUUGUUUUCAAUUACAUUCUCGUGGCUUCCCUUUCUCGGAUCCAUUUGAUAUCCUCUAAUCAAUCUCUGAAAAAUGGCGGAUGUAGCGAAGGAUUUAGCUUCAGGGACUGUUGGAGGAGCAGCUCAGCUAAUUGUAGGUCAUCCCUUUGACACAAUCAAGGUCAAACUUCAGAGCCAGCCGACUCCAGCACCAGGUCAAGCUCCAAGGUACUCAGGUGCAAUCGAUGCGGUUAAACAGACCGUUGCUGCUGAAGGACCAAGGGGUUUGUUCAAAGGUAUGGGAGCUCCUCUUGCAACCGUUGCUGCCUUCAAUGCGGUUUUGUUCACCGUGAGAGGACAAAUGGAAGGGCUGUUUAGGUCUGAAGCUGGAGUUCCUUUGACUAUUCGUCAACAGUUUGUGUGCGGUGCAGGCGCUGGUUUCGCUGUUGCGUUCCUUGCUUGCCCUACAGAGUUGAUCAAAUGCAGGUUGCAAGCACAAGGUGGACUAGCCAGGGCUACUACCACAGGCUCAGUGCUUGCAGCUGUGAAAUACGGUGGACCGAUGGACGUAGCCCGUCAUGUACUACGAUCUGAAGGCGGCACACGAGGUCUAUUCAAAGGUUUAGUCCCGACUUUCGCCCGUGAAGUCCCGGGGAAUGCAAUGAUGUUUGCAGCCUACGAAGCUUUCAAGCGGUUUUUAGCCGGUGGUUCAGACACUUCAAGCUUAGGACAAGGGUCACUGAUCAUGGCGGGUGGAGUUGCUGGUGCGUCGUUUUGGGGAAUUGUCUAUCCGACCGAUGUCGUGAAGAGUGUUCUUCAAGUCGACGAUUACAAGAACCCGAAAUACACGGGGUCGAUGGAUGCUUUCCGAAAGAUUCUGAAGUCGGAAGGAGUUAAAGGUUUGUAUAAAGGAUUUGGUCCAGCCAUGGCUAGGAGUGUUCCUGCUAACGCUGCUUGCUUCUUGGCUUAUGAGAUGACAAGGUCAAGCUUGGGAUAAACUGGUUCGGUUUGGUUUAACUGUUGGUUGUAUUGGUGGAUGUUCCAUUGAAUUUAACCUUUCGGUUUUUAGAUGAUCCUUCUAAAAUUUCAGCAAAAUUUAUGUAAUCCCUUACACAGUUUAUUUCUAUAUCUCUUACACAGCU